UCCAUCUCUGCCUUGGCUCAGUCCCCUGCACCUCUUCAAAGACAAAGAAGGCCCUCCAUCAGCACUCAGUCUCUCCACAAAUCCAGCUCAAGAAGCUCCAAGAUGCCGGACACAAUUAUGUCCAAGGAGCCCAGUUCCAACCUGGAGAGUGCCAUGCAGAUGCUCAUAAAGACCUUCCACAAGUACUCCGGGAAGGAGGGCGACAAGUUCACGCUGAGCAGGGGUGAACUGAAGGAGCUGCUACUAGAGGAGCUGGGGACUUACUUAGGGGGCUCCUCCAAAGAUAAUGAAGCAGUUGAGAAGGUGAUGAACGACUUGGACGCCAACAACGACGGGGAGGUGGACUUCACCGAGUUCAUCAUCCUGAUGGGCGCCCUCACUGUCGCCUGCAACGACUUCUUCCUGGAUAGCAAAACAGAUGAGACACCAAAGGAAGGCGAGUCGGCGGAGAAGAAAAAUUGAAUCAGUGCAAGAGAGGAGAGGGGGGAGAGUAGGAGGGAGAGGAAGGGGUAAAGAAGGAGGAGGAGGGGAAAUAACUGUUGCAAUGGAUUUUUGUCUUAUGCAAUUUGUAAACACUACAACUACAUAUGAGGGGAGCGGUCCAGCAGAUAGAUUGUGGGUCCACAGUAUACAGGAUAUUCAGCAGGGGUAGUGUUUUCUCCUAUUUUUCAUACCACAACAUAUCCGGAGCUAGUUGAACCCAAAGUGAGUGACUUUACAUACAGAACAGGGUAUAUUUAAAUUCAAAUAUAGCAGUUUUAACAGUUUGUUGUAUGUUCUGAGCAAGGCACUGAAAGAAAGGAAGCUAGAGCACUUCUUGCACAUGAAUAAUUUGUGAACAUAUAUGAAGUAACAGAUUAUCCUAUUAUUGUAUGUACUCCGCGUUGAACAAUAGAAUAUGAUUUAUCCCAUUUCUUGCGCAUAUUUUGUAAUCCUUUUUGGUAAUAA